AUGCCGCCUCCUCCGCAUAUUAAGCCUGAGAACGUUCUCAAGAGGGCCCAGGAACUUAUCGCCGUUGAGCAGUCCCCCGCCGCCUUGACCGUCCUCCACGAACAUGUCACCUCGAAGCGGACCCGCAACAGCCCCAUCGCCUCGCUCGAGCCGGUGAUGCUCCUGUUUGUUGAACUCUCCGUCGACCUUCGCAAGGGCAAGGCCGCCAAGGAUGGUCUUUACCAGUACAAGAACAUCGCCCAGAACACCAACGUCGGCACCAUCGAGAUCGUCCUCAAGAAGUUCAUCGAGCUCGCCGAACAGAAGGUCACCGAGGCCCAGGCCAAGGCCGACGAGAUCCAGUCGUCCCUCGAGUCCGCCGCCCCCUCCACCAACGUCGAGGAUCUGGAGGCCAUCGAGACCCCCGAGACCAUCCUCCUCGCCACCGUCUCCGGCGAGCAGUCUCGCGACCGUACUGACCGCGCCGUUGUCACCCCCUGGUUGAAGUUCCUCUGGGAGACCUACCGCACCGUCCUUGAGAUCCUCAAGAACAAUGCCCGCCUCGAGAUCAUGUACCAGUCGACUGCCCUGCAGGCCUUCAAGUUCUGCCAGAAGUUCACCCGCAAGACCGAGUUCCGCCGUCUCUGCGAGUUGCUCCGUAACCACGUCCAGAACGCCGCCAAGUACUCUUCGCAGAUGCACGCCAUCAACCUGAGCGAUGCCGACACCCUGCAGCGCCACCUCGACACCCGUUUCCAGCAAUUGAACGUCGCCGUUGAGCUGGAGCUCUGGCAAGAGGCUUUCCGCAGCAUCGAGGACAUCCACACCCUGCUGAGCCUCAGCAAGCGUCCCGCCAAGAACAUCAUGAUGGCCAACUACUACGAGAAGCUUGCCCGCAUUUUCCUCGUCAGCGAGAACUACCUCUUCCACGCCGCCGCCUACAACCGCUACUACAACCUUCUCCGUCUCUCCUCCGUUGCCCUGGCCAGCGGCCAGAGCUCCAAGAAGGAGAACCCCUCCGUCACCGAGGAAAGCUUGUCCAAGGCCGCUUCCUUCGUCUUCCUCAGUGCUCUCUCCAUUCCCGUUAUCAGCACUUCCCGCUCCCGCGGUGCUCUGGUCGACGUCGACGAGGCCCGCAAGAACAAGAACACCCGUUUGACUAACCUUCUCGGCAUGGCCACCUCCCCCACCCGUACCGUUCUGUUCCGUGACGCUCUGAACAAGGGUCUGCUUCGCCACGUCCGCCCCGAGAUUCGCGAGCUCUACAACAUCCUCGAGGUUGACUUCCACCCUCUCUCCAUCUGCAAGAAGAUCACCCCCAUCUUGACCAAGAUUGGUGCCGACCCCGAGAUGGAGAAGUACGUUGUGCCUCUGCAGCAGGUCAUCCUUACCCGUCUCUUCCAGCAGCUGUCCCAGGUCUACGAGUCCGUUGAGCUCAAGUUCGUCUACGAGCUUGCUCAGUUCCCCGAUCCCUUCCAGAUCACCCCCGCCAUGAUUGAGAAGUUCAUCAUGAACGGUUGCAAGAAGGGUGACCUCGCCAUUCGUGUCGACCACAUCUCAGGCGUCCUGACCUUCGACUCCGAUAUCUUCUCUUCUUCCAAGGCCAUGCACGCUGGCAGUGGCGCUGGUUCCGCCGAGAGCGAGGCUGGCUCCGUCCAGCGUCUGCAGAACACCCCUGCCGAGAUUGCCCGCUUCCAGGUUGCCCGUCUUGCUAAGACUCUCCACAUCUCCUGCAUGUACGUUGACCCCUCGUACAACGAGGCUCGUCUCCAGGCCAAGCAGACCGCCCAGGCCCGUGCCCUUGCUGGUGCCGCCCAGGAGCACGAAGAGACCCUUGCUCGUCGCGUUCUCAUCGACAAGAAGAAGGAGGCCGCCACCGAUGCUUUGCAGCGCAAGCAGCGCGAGGAGGAGACCCGUAAGCGCCAGCGCGCCCACCAGCUCCAGGAGGCUGAGAAGCAGCGUCUCGCCGACGAACAGCGCGACCGUGAGCUCAAGCGCAUCAAGGAUGAGCAGGACCGCAUUCGCCAGGAGGAGCUCAAGAAGCAGAUCGAGGAGCUCAAGACUGGAGUUAAGGGUAUUGAUAUCAGCGAGCUUGACCUUGAUGAGUUGGAUGCCAACCGCCUGCGUGCCAUGAAGUUGGCUCAGCUUGAGAAGGAGAAGAACGAGCUGAACGACCGCAUCCGCACAACCGCCAAGCGUAUCGACCACUUGGAGCGUGCCUUCCGUCGUGAGGAACUCAAGCACAUUUCGUCCGAUUACGAUGCCCAGAAGAAGGUCGACCGGGAACUCUACGACAAGCAGAACGCCCUGGCUCUUCAAGAAUCCAAGGACAAGCACGCCGAGGCUGUUGCUCUCAAGCACCGUCUGGGCCGCCUUGUUCCCCAGUUCAGCAACUUCCGCAAGGAGGUUUCCGAGAAGCGCCACGAGGAGUUCGAGAAGCGCCGCAAGGCCGCCGAGCGUGAAUUCGAGGCCAAGAAGAAGCAGCGUGUCAAGGACGUCCAGGAGCGCCGCCGCCGCGAGAGACAAGAGCGUGAGGAGCAAGAGCGCCAGCGCCAGGAGGAAGAGGAGCGUGCCGCUCGUGAAGAACAAGAGCGCACUGCCCGCGAGGAGGAGCGCCGUCGCAUUCUCAUCGAAGAGAAGGCUAAGCGCGAGGAAGAGCGAUCGUUAGUAUCCCAUUCAGAUCUCCACGCACAUCAUGCUAACAAUACGAACAGUAAAAUGGACGAGAUGGCCAUCAAACAGCGACAGCGAGAGGAGGAGGCCGAGGCCCGCCUCGCAGCCCGCAAGGGUGGAUUCGGAGAGAGCAGCGAACGCCCACGACUCAACCUUGCCCCCCGAACCGGUGGUGCCCCCUCCACCUGGAGAGAGCGUCAAGCCGCCAAGGAGGCCGGUGGUGAAGCUCCCCCUCCUGCCCGCGAGCCCGAGGCUGCCCCUGCCCGCAAGAUCGGCGGUGGUUACGUUCCUCCCCAUCUGCGUGCCGGUGCCGGAGGCGCCUCCGGAUCCGCACCCCCUCCCCCCGCUCCUCGCGAGGCCCCCACCGAGCGCUGGGCCCCCCGCGAGCCCCGUGAAGCUCCUGCUCCCACCGAGCGCUGGGCUCCCCGUACCGCCCGCGAACCUUCUUCCCAGUCCCCUGCUGCCUCUGGAGAAUCCAAGCCCGCCACCGGCGGCAAGUGGGUUCCCAGAUUCCGACAGCAGCAGUAA